AUGGAUGAACAUAGUUUCAUUCAGCUCUUAGAGCAUGUCCUUACUCCGGAUACCAAUAUCGUCAAGCAUGCUACAGGGACUCUCCGUCGUGACUACUAUUCAAAACCGGAAUCCCUGUCCACUCUUCUCCACCUCUUGCGGACUCACCCAAAUGCUCAAAUCCGUCAACUCGCAGCUGUAGAGGCUAGGAACCUUGUGCCUAAAUUUUGGGUAGCGAGGGGCAAUGACCUUUCACACAUUCCAGCGGAACUCAAACCCCAACUACGAGAGUCAAUUCUUCAGUCCACAAUUGAAGAAACAAACUCUUUGGUCAAACACUCUUCCGCUCGUGUUAUAUCUUCCAUGGCUAAGAUUGACUUGCCAGCCGGUGAGUGGACGGAUCUUCCAGGAUUCUUGGUACAAGCAGCCUCUUCCGGCAGGGCAGAAAACCGUGAAGUUGGUGUCUAUAUACUGUUCACCCUGAUUGAGUCCCUGGAGGAAGCGGUUGCAGACAAAUGGCAUGAAUUCUUGCCCCUUUUUUCUCAGACGAUCAACGACCAGGGAAGCAUGGCUGUCCGCUUGAAUACCUUACUGGCUCUUGGAAAGAUGGCCGAGUCCCUCAACUCCGAGAAGCAUCCUGAUGGUGUUGCUGCGUUCAAAGAAGUCCUUCCUUCAAUGGUUGGGGUGUUGAAAGAACUCAUUGACGUGGCAGACGAAGAGAAAGCCAAUUCAGCCUUCGAGGUAUUCCAAACUUUGCUGAUUGUCGACUCAACACUUAUUUCAAGCCAUUUCCGUGACCUGGUCCAGUUCUUCUCAGAUUUGGCUUCUUCAACUAAUGUGGAUGACGAUUUCCGCUCAAAAGCUAUGUCUUUCCUUAUGUCUUGCUUGCGUUACAAGAAGAUGAAGAUGCAAUCUUUGAAAUUCGGCGAGCAGCUCACCCUACGCGCCCUUCAGAUUGUGACGGAAUUUAAGGAUCUGGAAGAUACCGACGAGACGACUCCUGCGAGGUCUGCAUUGGGACUCCUAGACUACCUUUCUGCCUCCCUUCCGCCAAGUCAGGUGGUAGUGCCGUUGCUUAAUAUACUUCCCCAGUAUACUGGGAGCCAGGAUCCAGAGUAUAGAAAGGCGGCAGUCCUGGCCUUGGGAAUGUGUGUAGAGGGUGCUCCCGAUUUCAUUGCCACCCAGAUUAGCUCAAUCUUCCCCGUUGUCCUUCAGCUUUUAUCCGAUCCCGAGGCUCGAGUCAGACAAGCGGCAUUGCACACGGUUGCACAAUUGGCGGACGAUCUCGCGGAGGAUAUGGGGAAGGAGCACUCGCGUUUGAUACCCGCACUUAUCAGAUUACUAGAUUCCCGUGAUGGGUCGGACGCUUGGAAGGCAGCAUGUAACGCAAUCGACGCUGUACUCGUUGGAAUUGACAAGAAAGAUGUUGAGGCCUAUCUUCCUACCCUCAUGCCAAGAUUAUCCGAGAUGUUCCAGAGAGAUGAUUUGAAGCUGAAGGCUGCUGCUGUGGGGGGGAUUGGUUCUACCGCUCAUGCAGCCAAGGACAGUUUUUCUCCUUACUUCCAGGCGGCCAUGGGUGCUCUGUUCCCAUACAUUUUGGUGAAGGAUUCCGAAGAUGAACUAGACCUGAGAGGCGUUGUCGUUGAUGCUAUGGGGAAUAUUGCGGAAGCUGUUGGAAUGCAAGCCUUUACACCCUACGUUCAACCUUUGAUGCAAUCUGCUAUGGAUGCUCUCAAUCUAGGUCAUCCUCGUUUACGAGAAACUAGUUUUAUGUUCUUUUCCAUUAUGGCUAGGGUUUACAGGGAAGAAUUCACGCCUUUCCUCCCAAAUGUUACCCAAGCUCUAUUCCAGAGCCUGGAACAAACGGAAACUGAUAUUGAUGUGGAAGUCGGUGAACUCACAAAAGAUGUUAUAAUCACAAGCGUUGGUGCUGUGGGUACUCAGAAGGUCUCUCUGGACGAGGAUAUCCAAGCCGAGAUACAGCCGCCAAACAUUGAUGCGGAUGACGAAGACGAUGACGCUUUGUGGGAUGAAUUGAACGCUGUGAACGCAGUUGCUCUUGAGAAGGAAGUUGCCGCCGAGGUUAUCGGGGAGGUUCUUGGCCAUUGCAAGGAAGGUUAUCUCCAGUAUUUAGAGAAGACUGUUGAAUUAUUGGCCUUGAAAGCUCAACAUCCCUACGAAGGCGUCCGGAAGGCAAGUAUCAGCACGCUUUGGAGGGCUUAUGCUACCCUUUGGCAAGUGAUGCAAGAUAAGGGAAUGCCGAAGUGGCUUCCUGGGUUGCCAUUGAAGAUCCAGCCGUCACCGGAGUUAGUGCGUCUUGGCAACCUUGUGAUCAAUUGCACAUUGGCCAAUUGGAGCAUUGAAACUGAUAGGCAAGGCUACUGUAACGGAUAUCUGUGUAAACGUCGCGGAGACACUUUCUCUUUGCGGCCCCGCCUUUUUAGUGGAUACUACCGGGGCCAUUAUACUCGAGCUUUCACAUCAGCUUGUUCUCAUCUUGAAGAAACAACAUCCGUCCCAGCUCGACGAAGAAGACGAAGUGCUUCCUGA